AUGUCAACCGUCCACCCCACACCGGAAGACGAUGAACGCGUAUCCCCCCUCGCACUUGAACGAUUCCCCUCAACAGUCCUCAGGAUGAUCAUCGACUACCUCUCAGUAUCCGACAAACCCGAUCUGAUUCAACUCAUGUACUGCUCAAAGGACACAUAUCGAAGAUUUUAUCCCUACCUCUACGAAACUUUUACUGCCAGACAGCAACAUGCCCAUCACAUCCUUUCCAGCGCCAAUCGCGUCAAGCUAUGCCCAGGACAAGGAGACGAAGUCAACGUUAUAGGUGAUGAAAAACCACUCUCAACGAUACCUUCUCCAAUCGAAAUGCUCCGCUCAACCAAACAUCUUAUAUUGGAAGAUCUCGACAGCGCCCUAUCAAUUGCUGGACUCUGGGGUCCGACUGGUAAUCGACCAGCUGACUUACAUCCUAUCGAUCAGGCCGCUUCGCCCUUCGACAGAGUGGAGACAUUGUCCUUUGGCUUCAGAGCAAUACAAAACCUCGAUAUGGAAUCAAGUAGUCCGGCCGCGCUUGAGCUGCAGGAUCAAUUGCUAGCUUUCACCUCAUUUCUCCGCCCUCUACACAUCUGCUUCGAUCUGCUCAAAGGCGGCAACGACGAUGUCGACUAUGUGUGGGCUGUAUCGACCUUUUUCAACAAGCUGCAUGAAGCUGCGAAGGACAGUUGGACUAUCGAAAGCACCACGAUUCAUGGAGUAGAUCGACGAGGUUUCCCAGCUAUGUCGCAUUGGCGGAAGUACACUAAGAUCAUAUUCGAAGACUGUUCAGCAGGAUUGAGAAAGAAGGAAAACAGCGCCGAGCUUCAUCAUAUAGAAGAUUGUAUAUGCCUGCCGAACUUUUUCUGGACUAUCGCAACGCUUUGCUCGGCAUUCCCACCUCCUGAUAUCGCAGAGACUCUUCGACCUUAUCAUCUGGAGUUGAUUAACCUACCAUGUUCCUCUGCAGCCUAUUUCAAGCUUGAGAACAUCGUUAAAGUGAUGAUUGGGCCAGGAAUCGAAGUUUAUGAUGAAUCAACAAUCGGUCAUUGGAAUAAAGCACUAGAAUGGAUGAGGACUAACUUGACUGUCACGUCAAAAGAGGACGCAGAACCUUGUGUAUGUUGUGGCAAGGUCUAA